UUUUAAUUUAACCAAUAAUGUAGUAGGAAAACUCCAUUUAACAAUUACAAUGUAAUCGAUUUUUCUGGUCCACAAUUUACGAAGGUGAAAUUUCGAUCGUCUCCGUUCAGGAUGGACCUGAUAUUUCAUGUGACUUUAUGUGCUAACUUUUGAGAUCAAUAAAAAAAAAUAUGAUUAACCUAAAAUCGAAGUGACUUAUGUCACAAAAACAGAAAAUUUUAUUUCCCGAAAGAAGAUUCCCUUUAAAAGAAGAUUUCUUGCAAUUAAAGAAUCGCCCCUAAUUAAUCCUUUAAAAAUAUCUGAUUCCAAAUUUUUGUUAUGAAAUGCAGUAAAUUUUUUAAACCGAAUUACUUUAAUUACAUUAUUAUUUCGCCAUGCUGAAAGUGGAUUAAAUUAAACUCGAUUAUCUAUGUAUUUAUUCAUCAGAAUAUUUCAAAGAUAAACAAGUGAUCAAAAUUUAUUUCAACAAAAUCAGCUGUUUUUGUUUUCGUUGAUGACUUGAUUUUUAUCGAUGUUGAUAUUAAAGCUUGUACGUUCUCAUGGGACAAAUAAUUUUCUAUCAUUAUCACGUAGUUGGCAUCCUAACGUUUCAUCUGUUUUCAAGUCACUGAAAAAUGUCCGAUUCGGUCAAAAUAUCAAAACGCAUGGAAGAAAGGUUGGACUGGCUUCGGGUUUAAUUGCCUUUUCUGGUUAUCAGAUUUACAAUUUAGUUCACGUGAAAUGUGAAGUUGGACAUCAUGGAGACUCUGAUAUUACCGAGAUAAUUUCCCCAAAAGAUGAGCCAGCAUUUUCAAAGGAAAAUGAACAUAAGCACUUUAGAUGGUCUCGAAUAUGGGCUUUUAUUAAGAAUGAUUAUAUCUUAUUAUUUAUUUCAAUCGCUAGUGCUCUUUGUGUCGCUGUGCUCAAUAUAAAAAUUCCUUUGGCUCUUGGAUCAAUUAUCAAUGAUCUGAGUAAAUAUAUUCAAGGAACUAAUCAAUGGUCAAUAACCGAACUGAUUGGAGAAAUCAAGAAUCCAGUCUAUACUUUAAUAACUCUUUAUUUACUUCAGAGUUUAGGGACAUUCAUCAACAUAUCAACUUUAUCUAUCAUUGGAGAAAGAAUGGCGCUCAACCUUCGUAUAAAGCUUUUUCGAUGUAUUCUUGAUCAAGAUGUUGAAUUUUUUGACAAAAACUCAACCGGUGACAUAAUCAGCCGUUUGACUACUGAUGUUCAAGAUUUUAAAAGUUCCUUCAAGCUGAUAAUUUCUCAGGGUAUCAGAAGUAUUACUCAGGUAAUUGGUUCGGCGGUUUCUUUAUAUUCUUUAUCUUCCAAAAUGACUUUAACACUUGGUUUAGUUUUGCCUGCUAUGGUAUCGGUAGGAAGAAUUUUCGGUUAUUAUCUUAAAAGACUUUCCGAUGAAUGUCAGAAACAGAUUGCUAAAGCAACUGAAGUUGCUAAUGAAGCCAUAGGGGAUAUCAGAACUGUCAAAGCAUUUUCAUUGGAAGAUCGAGAAUUCGAAUCCUUUUCUAAUGAGAUGGCAUUAACUAAUCAAAUGAAUACAGCGUUAGGAAUUGGCAUUGGUAUGUUCAGAGGAGUCACAAAUUUAGCAUUGAAUCAAUUAGUUCUAGGAACUUUGAUGAUGGGAGGAUAUCUUGUCUCGAUUGGCGAUGUCACUCCGGGCAGUCUAAUGUCUUUUCUGGUGGCAAGUCAAACUGUUCAACGGUCAUUGGCACAAUUAUCGCUUUUGAUUGGUCAAUACAUUAGAGCUUGUAGCGCAGGGGAAAGAAUCUUUGAAUUUAUAGAUUCAAAACACAAAAUCCCAGCAAUUGGAGGAAUGAUUUUAUCUAAUCCAUCUGGUGACAUUCAAUUUAAUAACGUUAAAUUUUCAUAUCCAACAAGACCUGGUCAAGAAGUUUUAAAACAAUUAAACUUAAAUCUUAAACCAGGAACAGUGACAGCAAUUUGUGGUUUAUCAGGGUCAGGUAAAUCAACUAUAGCUGCACUCAUUGAAAGAUUUUAUGAUGUUGAUGAAGGGUCAAUAAAAAUUGAUGGAACAGAUAUUCGCCAAAUGAAUUGUCGCUGGUUGAGAGGACAGUUAAUCGGAUACAUCAACCAAGAGCCAACUUUAUUUGCUACAACAAUCAGGGAAAACAUCCGCUUUGGCAAACCUGGAGCUUCAGAUGAGGAAGUUUAUGAAGCAGCAAAACUUGCUAAUGCAGAUGAAUUCAUUAAACAGUUUCCAGAUGGCUACGAUACUCAAGUUGGUGAGAGAGGUUUAGCAGUUUCUGGUGGACAAAAACAAAGAAUCGCAAUUGCACGGGCAAUUCUUAAAAAUCCAACAAUUUUGAUAUUAGACGAAGCAACAAGCGCUUUGGAUGCUAGCGCGGAAAAAUCAAUCCAACAAGCUUUAGAAACUGUUAUGAAAGGAAAAACUGUGAUGAUUAUCGCCCAUCGACUGAGUACCAUUCAAAAUGCUGAUAUUAUUGUCGUUAUAGCUAAGGGAAAAAUCAUUGAAACUGGUUCUCAUCAAGAAUUGAUUAAAAAGAAAGGAUUUUACUACAAUUUAAUCAUGCAACAAGCACAAGCGUAUGAGUCUUAAAUAAUGUAACAAAUGCAUUCAUUAGAGUUAAUAUUGUUAUAAAUGUUUAUUUCGAACGACAUUAAAACUUUUACAAUAUUUA